CUAUAUUUUGCUCUCAAAUUGCAAUUUGCGCCUCCUGUUUUAAACAACACAAUAAAUUCUCGCGAUAACUUGGAAGCCUAUGUGAGACUACGAGUCGGAUAUCCGGUCUCUUUUCCGUGGUGGACUCCAAGCGAGAAAGUCCUCCAUAAUGAAGCUCAAUAUCUCGUUCCCUGCCACUGGCUGCCAGAAGCUGAUAGAAGUUGACGAUGAGCGCAAACUGAGGAUCUUCUAUGAGAAGCGCAUGGCCACAGAGGUGGCUGCAGACUCUCUGGGUGAUGAGUGGAAGGGCUAUGUUGUGCGCAUCAGCGGAGGCAAUGACAAACAGGGUUUCCCCAUGAAGCAGGGUGUGCUGACCCAUGGACGUGUGCGUCUCCUCCUCAGCAAGGGUCACUCCUGUUACCGCCCUCGCCGUACCGGUGAGCGUAAACGCAAGUCUGUCCGGGGCUGCAUCGUCGACGCCAACCUUAGCGUUCUCAACUUGGUCAUUGUCAGGAAGGGUGAGAAAGACAUUCCUGGGCUGACUGAUAGCACUGUCCCUCGCCGUCUGGGACCCAAGAGGGCCAGCAGAAUCCGCAAGCUCUUUAACCUGUCCAAAGAGGAUGAUGUCAGGCAGUAUGUGGUCAGGAGACCCCUCACUAAAGAAGGCAAGAAGCCCAGGACUAAGGCCCCUAAGAUUCAGCGCCUGGUUACGCCCCGUGUGCUGCAGCACAAGCGCAGACGCAUUGCUCUCAAGAAGCAGCGCACACUGAAGAACAAGGAGGCGGCCGCAGAAUACACCAAACUGCUGGCCAAGAGGAUGAAGGAGGCCAAAGAGAAACGUCAAGAAAAGAUUGCUAAGAGACGCCGUCUCUCCUCACUGAGAGCCUCCACAUCCAAGUCAGAGUCUAGCCAGAAGUGAGACAUGUGCCUCACAAAUAAAACAUUUCUUUGAACGUUC